AUGUAUCUCUGGAACAGCCAUGCCCUCGCCGCGGUGCUGCUCAUGAGUGCACCGCAUGCCAUAGUUUCUCUAUCAUGCACUCAGUUCUCUCCGUCGCCAGUUCCGAUCCCGCAGCUUCCAGAUUACUUUUCGCCUCACCACUAUCUUGAUGCUACGACGCUUUUUCACACGGAAGCAAUCCGUCAAACGCUUACCCUGUAUCCUUACAUUAUUGACGGCCGCGCUUUCCCUUCUUUGUCUAGUAUCUUCGCCACAGACGCUGUAGCGAACUAUUCUGCUCCUCUUGGUGUUUUGAACGGGCUCUCAACUAUCGCCGCUACACUCGAACAGGCUCUAGCAUCGUUCCCCGCAACCCAACACCUCCUCGGGCCGCAAACUGUGCGCAUUUGCGACAGCAAGAAAGCCAUCAGCGUGACCUACUACAGGGCUGUACAUCUCCUUCCUCAGAAUGGAACAGUCGGGCCGGGAAACAUCUUAGGUGGGGACAGCGUGCUGUAUGCGUAUGGGCAGUAUCAAGAUACGUGGGAGAAGCGCGAUGGGCUGUGGAAGAUUGUGUAUAGGAAUCUGGUAUACAUGGCCCCCCUCGUUACAGGCAUCAACUGA